AUGCAGAGGCCAGAGUGUCUGAUCGAUACAUCCACAAUUCUACCAAGGAAUUUGCUACCUCCCUCAAAAGAAAAUGCGACCAUGGUUGCAAUAUCGAUGUAUCUGAUCUCGGAGUCCUUUACGCCUGAAUCACGAACUAAUUCUGCCAUCUACAACAACUGGUGGUGCUUGGUUACCAUGGUGCUAGACUCUGAUUAUGAUACGGAGUUUGAGUUGAAGUCUCAAAAGCGAUCUACUCAAUUACGUCAUAAGUAUAUCGUGACAAAGAACUACCAGCAUAACAAAAGUUUGAUCCCUGGUGAGACGCAGGAGGAUCCUAGUCAGGUCACAACCCAUAGUACUGGGGACCUCUCCGCUGCUGAACAGCUCACUGCCCAGACAAGGAGUGCUACUUCGACACUACCUGGCGAGAUGAAGGAUGAAGAGGACCCGCUUCUGGAAUUACUAAGAGAAGAAGAACUAACUGAGCAAAUACACGACCUGCCGCAGCCCAAAGCCAAUCAGGCCCCAGUGGAACAACGACAAUCAAUUGACUGGCCGAAGACCACAGACAAAAGAGCCUGGAACGACUUAGACAAGGAGCUAGAUGCCAAACUGACAUCCACCAUGCAAGGACCAGUAGAUAGGAAGUUAAAGUGCAUGACAACUCUAGUCUACACGGUGGCUAAGGAGCGAUUUGGCACCAAGAAAACACGUCGACCAAAGGCCCAGCAGACACCCAACAGGAGACAGAGUCGCAUGAAACAGAUUAGAGGAGAGCUGAAGAGCCUCAACAAGGCAUACAAGAAGGCAAGUCAAGAAGAGAGAUUGGGCCUCCAGGAGCUACGAGACAUUCUCAGGAGAGAGCUACAGACUUUAAGGAAGGCUGAGAAUGCGAGAACGGCGAAAAGAAGAAGGGCACAAAAGAGAGCGGAGUUUGUAUCUAACCCAUACAAAUUUUCCAAACAACCUCUGGACAAAGAAAGGUCAGGCCAAUUAGAAACCAGCAUGGCAGACAUCGAGGAACACCUCAGACAGGUUCACUCAGAUCCAGACAGGUUAAUACCACUUGGUGAUUGCCCAAGACUAGAACCUGUGGCACCCCCAACAUCCCCACUGGAAAGUAAAGAGCCCUCGCUCUUAGAGGUGAAAGAAGUUGUGAGGAAAGCGAGAAUGGGAUCAGCCCCAGGACCAAACAAGAUACCAUACAAGGUCUACAAGAUGUGCCCUUUCCUGCUGCGUAGACUAUGGAACCUACUUAAGGUGAUCUGGAGGAAGGGGAUAAUACCUGAUGAGUGGCUACAUGCCGAAGGUAUAUUUACUCCAAAGGAGAAGAACUCCAAACACAUCAGCCAGUUUAGAACAAUAUCUUUGCUAAACGUGGAAGGCAAGAUAUUCUUCGCCAUCUUAGCCAGAAGACUGACAACCUACCUUACCACAAAUGGGUACAUUGAUACGACAGUUCAGAAGGGUGGAGUGCCAGGCUUCUCAGGGUGUGUGGAGCAUACCAGUGCAAUCAGCCAGCUCAUUAGAGAAGCAAAGGUGAACAAAUCAGACCUGACUGUAGUAUGGCUAGACCUUGCAAACGCCUACGGAUCUAUUCCACAUAAGCUCAUCGAAUCAGCCCAUCAGUACUACCAUAUCCCUGAACACAUCCAAGGGAUGAUCAAUGCGUACUUCAGUGGAAUGAAACUGCGCUUCAUGGUUGGCGAGAAGAUGACAGCUUGGCAGAGACUGGAGAAGGGAAUAGUGACCGGGUGUACCAUCUCAGUUGUCCUGUUUGUGAUGGGCAUGAACCUCAUAAUCAACCCUGCAAACAAAGAAACCCGCGGGCCCAAGACAUCUACAGGGUUACACCUGCCAACAAACAGAGGCUUCAUGGACGAUCUGACAGUGACAACACAGACACACAUACAAGCAAAUUGGGUACUGAAGGUAUUGGAGGAGGCAGCCACCUGGGCUAGAAUGAAUUUCAAACCCAAGAACUCCAGAAGUCUGGUAAUCAAGCGCGGAUCAGUCACAAAACGGUUCACCCUACAAGUCCAAGGGGAAGACAUACCAUCAAUUAUGGACAGUCCCAUAAAGUGCUUGGGCAAGUGGUUUGAUUCGAACCUUAGUGACAAAGCAAACGUAGAGCGCAUCAGAUCACAGCUCCAGGAAGGGCUGAAACAAAUCAACAAAUCCGCUUUACCAGGAAAGUAG